CAAAACAUUCAACCAGGUAAAUCGAUGUAAAGUGCGUUUUCCAACUAUUUGCUACUCGUACAUUACAGUCGUCGGCUUCGCUAGUGCACGGAUUUGUGAACGCUCGAUUUGUUGAGUGUGAUUCUAUGUGAAAACUGUGGAUAAAAGCUGCUGCUAACUUUCUCCGACAAGCUAGUUAUUUGCAUUGAUUGAGUGUUACUGCAAAGCCUAUCAUCUUAUCAAGCUGUUACCAGAUCUACAACGCCACCGAUAAGAUGGAGCACAUCAAUACACCAAAGAUCGAAAACGUCCGCAUGAUUGACAGAUACAACAGCAAAAAUCCAACCGUUGGAGUGCUCUACCUUACGGCAACGCAUCUCAUAUUCGUCGACCCAGAUGCCAACAAGGAGACGUGGGUCCUUUACAUGCACAUAGCGAAUGUGGAGAAGCUGCCCCUGAGCACUACGGGGUCACCGCUGUUGAUCCGCUGCAAGACGUUCCUCUCCAUCACGUUCGUCAUUCCGAAGGAGCGCGAGUGCCAUGACGUCUACACAACGCUGACCAAGCUGUAUCAACCGGUGCACAUCAAGAGUCUGUACUGCUUCCACUACACCACCGCUACGAAGGAUCUGCCGAAGGCGACCGGCUGGGACUACUUCAAGCUGGAGAACGAGUUCCGGCGAAUGCGCGUCCCAAACGAGCAGUGGAGUGCCUGCACGCUCAAUCAGAACUACGAGCUGUGCGACACAUACCCGCAGCAGAUCUACGUCCCCGCCGAUGCCAACACACAGAUCCUGCUCGGCAGCUCGCGGUUCCGCUCGAAGGGUCGGCUGCCAGCGCUCACCUAUUUGCACGCGAACAAGGCCUCAAUCUGCCGCUGCAGCCAGCCAUUGUCCGGGUUCAGUGCACGCUGCCUCGAAGACGAGCAGAUGCUGGAGACGGUGCGGAAAACGAACCCGAACUGCAACUUCAUGUACGUGGUGGAUACGCGACCCAGGAUUAACGCCAUGGCAAACCGGGCGGCCGGCAAGGGGUACGAGAACGAGGCGAACUACGAGAACAUCAAGUUCCAAUUUCUCGGCAUUGAAAACAUCCACACGAUGCGCACCAGCCUGCAGAAGCUGAUGGAGUGCUGCGAACAAAAGUCGCCCACGAUGAGUGGAUUUCUAAGUGCUCUGGAAUCUUCCGGCUGGCUGAAACACAUCCGAUCGAUACUGGAUACGUCCUGUUUCAUCGCGAACGCCGUCGAUAAAGGGAUCUCCGUAGUGGUGCAUUGUUCGGAUGGAUGGGAUCGUACGGCACAAGUGUGUUCGUUGGCCGCGCUCAUGCUGGAUCCAUACUACAGAACUAUUAAAGGAUUUCAGGCACUGAUAGAAAAAGAUUGGUUGGCUUUCGGGCACAAGUUCAGCGACCGCUGCGGCCACAUCCAGAACGACCCGAAGGAGGUGUCUCCCGUAUUUACGCAGCUGCUCGAAUGUACCUGGCAGUUGAUGCAGCAGCGCAACGAUGCGUUCGAGUUCAACGAGCGGUUCCUAUUGAUCCUGCACGAUCACGUCAUGUCCUGCCAGUACGGUACGUUCGUUGGCAACUGCGAGAAGGAUCGGCUCGAUCUGCGGCUGGCGGAGAAAACCUUCUCACUUUGGGGCUACAUGUCCAACCACCUGAACGAAUACAUCAACCCACUGUAUCGGCCAGAGAUGGACGAAACGAUCAAGCCAAAUCUGGCACCGCAGAAUAUCAAAUUCUGGCGCGGCAUGUACAGCCGGUUCGAGAGCGGCAUCCACCCGCGGGAACCUCUGGAGGAUCUGCUGAUCGCUAGCAAGGACCAUUGCACCUCGCUCGAGGACCACGUGCAGCACCUGACGAAGCGCAUUAACAGCUUCAAGAACAUGCUGUCGAAGUCGGCGAAACGGCUGCAGGGAGGCAGUGCCGCGCUUCAGUCACGCUACGGUCCCGCCGAUACGAGGGGUCCGCCGAUUGAGGUGAACGAUAAUCGGUACAACUACGACCGGAAGCUGAGCGAGCUGUCGGCGGCGGACGAUGACCAUCCGCUGAAAACGAGUGAUUUCUCUUUCUCUAAUCUUUCGAUCUCAGAGUACAAUAGCGAAGUGGAAAAGGUUAACGAUGACAUUAACUCCGUUGCUGUCGAGUGGAAGUCCCUUCGCUCGGUUGUAAACUGCCCGACCUGCUCGAUACCGUUUGAUCAGAUCACAAAAAAGAAUCACUGUUGGAAAUGUGGCGAGGUAUACUGCGGUCGGUGCAUCGACAAAACACUGCCGCUGCCAGGUCACGAUAGCGGUAACCCGGUACCGGUCUGUCGCCAGUGUUUUCGGAUCGUGCAACAAGUUAGCCCCUAGAGGAGUUCGUUCGGACAUUCCCUAGAUGAACUGAGGCGAGCGGUAUCCUUUAGUUUUGAUUCGUGAUACAUUUAAGCUAGAGAAACAUUAUCUGCACAACAAUGCGAGGCUAAGGGUUGGGUUGUUAGUGUUUGGUUUUGGGGAACGAAAAAAAACUGGGCUCAAAUUGGAAGCGAUCGUGAAAUGUUAUCACUUUUUUAUCUUAAUUAUUGCGAAAACCAAAGCUUAAGCAAAAACAAAUGCAAAAAAAGGAUGACCUAUCGAUGGAAGCUGAAAGUAAUUGGUACGAAUAGCGUAUCGAGAGAGUCGAUUUGUGACGAUAAUUCAUACCCAGCGAAGGACUGUCAAUAUUAGAUGUUAGAAACGUUAGUUGUUCAAAAGCAAACUACUACUACAGUCAAGAUAAUUGAAACCCAACAUGGAAGCAACGAGAAAAUACUAGGAAGCUUUACGAUAAGAAAAAUGUGACAUUAACAGUCGAAUCUAAAAUUAUACUGAAAAAUAUGUACAGACAAUUUGGGACUACCUUCCAUGAUCCUAGCGUGAUCCAUGAUAAUCUGAACCAUACAAAAUUACAAUAUGCGCUUUGGCAUGGGUAGGACAUGGGCUUCGAAUGUGACCACCCACUAGCUGGGAGGGCAGGCUUUAAGAAAGGAUUAUACAUUGGGAAGAAAUGAAUAGUCUUCUGUUGCGCAACAACACAAGUUUAGAAAAUAGCUCCUUUCAUAUAUAAACGCGCACAUCAUGUUGGGCGGUGGAACGCCGAUGGUAAAGAUUAUGUGAUUUCAUGCUUGAGAUAUUUCCAUCGACUGCUGUUUCAUCUUCUAAGUAUAUUAAUUGUUUUCCCCUUGCAAGCAUCACAAUGCAGUGCGGACGCUUAGUUUUAAUCCUUGUUGACAGUAUUUGCUUUUGCACGUGCGGAUAAACGUACAAAAAAAGGGAAAACCUAAAGUUCAGUGUCAGGCAACGGCACACUAAUCCAAUGUAAACUAUAUGUAUAUGGUGAGUGAAAACAUGAAAUGACCUGUUGCUCUCAAGUUAGCUAAAUAUGUUUAAUAUGCAAAACAAUGAAAUAAAUCAAAUAAAAAUAUACACAAACCAAGGAUA